AUGUCGCGGAGGGCCCUGCGGCGGCUGCGGGGCGAGCAGCGGGGCCAGGAGGAGCCGGGCCUGGGCGAGUUGGGCCUGGCCUCCGGCCCCGAGCGUGGCGGGGAGCGGCCGCAGGCAGCUGCCAAAGCCAGGGGUCGCCCCGGUGUCAGCAACCGCUUCGAGCUGAUCACCAGUGAAGAACUGGAGGAUGACCUGUCAUCCAAAGAAGGGCGAGCAGAUGCCAGGCUCAAAGAGCACAAUGUUGCAGAAGGAAGCAAUGAGGAGCCUACACCUGAAGAGGCAGAACACAAUGGGCAGAGAGAUGGGAAAGGGACAAACCAGCCAGACCAAACGCCUGUGUUGAAUAACAAGCCACGAAAGAAAAAAAAGAAAAGGAAAACAAAGAAAACUUCAGCAGGCGAGGCUCUGGAAGAUGAUGACCUGGAAGACAUCGACAGCUUGCUGGAGAAGAUUGAGGAUACCAAUGGACUAUCACAAGAGAGCCAGAGUGGAAUAAUUGCUGACAGCAAGCCUCUGCUCUACAUAGAGCACAGGAACUUGAAUCCAGAGAAUGAGUUGAAGAGAUACUUUGGGGCUCGUGCUGUUCUUGGUGAUCAGAGGCCGAGGCAAAGGCAGCGCCAGUAUGUCCGCAGCACGUGGCUGACAGCUCCCAAGAAUACCUGGCCACGUUACAGCAAAACAGGUAUUGCCAUGCAGCUGGUGGAGACCAGGAGGGGCGUGCAGUAUUUCACAUUCGAGCACCACCGCGAGUACCAGCAAGUGCAGUUCAAGUUUCUGGAUGCUGUGGAGUCCAUGGACCCCAACAACAUCGUGCUGCUGCUUCAGAUGAACCCGUACCACGUGGACUCCCUUCUGCAGCUCAGUGAUGUCUGCCGGAUGCAAGAGGAUCAGGAGAUGGCCCGUGACCUCGUAGAGCGGGCGCUGUACAGCCUGGAGUGCGCCUUCCACCCUGUCUUCAGUCUCACCAGUGGGAGCUGCAGGUUGGACUACCGGCGGCCGGAGAACAGGGCUUUCUUCCUGGCUCUGUUCAAACACCUGAUGUUCCUGGAGAAGAGGGGCUGUCCCCGGACAGCCCUGGAGUUCUGCAAGCUGAUUCUGAGCCUUGAUCCAGAGAGUGACCCCCUGUGUGUGCUGCUGCUGAUCGAUUUCCUGUCCCUCCGAGCCAGAGAGUACGCCUUCCUGACACGCAUGUUCCAGGAGUGGGAAAGUCACCGGAAUUUGUCCCAGCUCCCCAAUUUUGCCUUCUCGGUGCCACUGGCGUAUUUCUUCCUGAGCCAGCAGGAGGAGCACUCGGAGCUGGAGCUGAGCCAAGCCCGGGAGAGGGCUGCCCGGCUCAUCCAGCAGGCGCUGAUCAUGUUCCCAAGCGUUCUUAUGCCGCUGUUGGACCACUGCAGUGUGCAGCCUGAUGCCAGGGUCGCCUCCCAUUCCUUUUUUGGGCUGAAUGCUCAGAUAAGCCAGCCUCCUGCCUUGAACCAGUUGACAUCCCUCUACGUGGGAAGGACUCACUCCCUGUGGAAGGACCCUGCUGUCAUGGCUUGGCUGGAGACGAACGUCCACGAGGUCUUACGCAUGGUGGAUGCCAGGGACCCGCUGGUGGAGGAGUCUGAGCGCAGGAGGAAAAUGCGAUACCAGAGUGCACCCAGGAAUAUCUACCGGCAUGUCAUCCUUUCAGAGAUGAAGGAGGCCACGGCAGCUCUGCCUCUGGAGGUGACAUCGCAGCCUGUGAUGGGGUUUGACCCCCUUCCUCCUUUAGACUCCAUCAUCUCCUACACGAGACCAGAAAGAACGAAUCAUCCAUCCAAUGAAAGCACUUUAUCUCUUUUCUUCCGAUCACUGUUGCCAAAUUUUAACUUGCAGGGUGACAUCAGGCACGACGGAGACGAAGAGGCGGGAGCGGGGCAGGACCUGAACCAGGGGGUGAACCGGCUCAUGGCGGCCAUGCGGGACAUGCUGGCCAACAUCCAGUUCCAGGAACCCCCCCCGAGAUGACAAUCCUGAAGGCGAUGGGGACUGGGACUGAGCUGAGAGCUCACACCUGCCCCUAACCCUGGGUCAUUGCACCCCGCCCCCUGCGCUCCAAUAAAGUCCUACAAAGCA